AAGAGGAAAAAAAAAGAACAGUGCGUCGAGGAAAGUACGGGGGGUUUUCUGAUUUUCUUCUUCUCCUCCAAAUUCCCAUUAUUUAUCGUAGUUUUCUUCGUUUCAUCUGGAAAGUUCCUGAAUUUUCCGCUGCGUUCUGGAAUAUUGCGUAUUUUGGUUUGUUUGCUGAAGAAUUUUCUUCCAGUUUUCCCUUUUUCUUGAAGAGGAUCGUUUUUGGAAGGAAUCGGAGAGCGACAAUGGCGCCGAGCGUGGCCUUGUCGUGGCAAGAACAGGCGGAGCAACUCAGAAAGGACGGAAACCAUUACUUCAAGAAAGAUCGUUUCCGAGCCGCCAUAGAGGCUUACACGGAGGCAAUUACGCUUUGCCCUAAUGUUCCUGUGUAUUUUACGAAUCGUGCUCGAUGCCAUCUCAAGCGGAAUGAUUGGACAAAAGUAGAAGAAGAUUGUCGAAAAGCUAUUCGGCUCGAUCAUAAUUCUGUGAAGGGCCAUUAUAUGUUGGGACUUGCAUUACUACAAAGGGAAGAAUAUGCGGGAGGAAUUAAGGAGUUGGAGAAGGCCUCCUGUUACGUUAGUCUAUUCUAGGAGAAAGGGGCGUGGGGCAAUUGUUCAAGACAAGGG